UGACAAGUUCCACUGUUUACGCUGGUCAAAACUCAAAACCAAACAUAUGAAAUUCCCUCUCCACCCCUCCCGCCAAGUCUCGAAAACACAAACCCCAUUUGGCGCCAAAAACAAUUCACCUUCAGCUUUAGAUCUAUUUACCUUCUCUCACUCUCUUUCCCCUCAAAACCAAACCUCACUGCUUCCUCACCCUUUUCUCCUAAUCCGUUAACGACGGCGCCAUGAAGGUCCGGUCGAUGAAGCUGAAGGAGGCCCACACCGCCAAGAGCGGCGGCGCGGCCUUCUGCUCCGUCCUGUGGGACCAGAAAGCGAAGCACCUGAUCACUGCGUCCUCCUCCGACGUCGCCAUCUGCAUCCACGACUCCCUUUUCCCCUCCCUCGCUCCGAAAACCCUCCGCCACCACCGCGAUGGCGUCACCGCCCUGGCCCUCAGCCCUAAUUCUACUUGCCUCGCCUCCGGAUCCGUCGACCACUCCGUCAAGCUCUACAAGUAUCCCGGUGGAGAAUUCGAGAGAAAUAUUACAAGGUUUACACUUCCAAUACGUUCCCUGGCAUUUAACAAAUCUGGAAGCAUGCUGGCAGCGGCUGGUGAUGAUGAGGGUAUCAAGCUUAUAAACACAUUUGAUGGUACCAUUGCGAGGGUUCUCAAAGGACAUAAAGGGUCUAUCACUGGCUUGGCUUUUGACCCUAAUGGCGAAUACUUAGCGUCCCUGGAUUCAACUGGAACUGUUAUUUUGUGGGAGCUUCAGUCUGGGAAAAUCAUUCAUAACCUCAAAGGCAUAGCUCCUGACACUGGGCUGGAUGUUUCAACUAUGAAUGUUCUUUGCUGGAGUCCUGAUGGUGAGACCUUAGCUGUUCCUGGGUUGAAAAAUGAUGUAGUAAUGUAUGAUAGGGACACUGCCGAGAAGGUGUUAUCUUUGAGAGGUGAUCACAUACAGCCAAUAUGUUUCUUGUGUUGGUCACCCAAUGGAAAGUACAUUGCUUCCUCUGGUUUAGAUAGGCAGGUUCUGAUUUGGGAUGUUGAUAGGAAGCAGGAUAUUGAUAGACAGAAGUUUGAUGAGAGAGUGUGUUGCAUGGCGUGGAAGCCGACUGGGAAUGCAUUGGCUGUUAUUGAUAUUAUGGGGAAGUAUGGUAUUUGGGACAAUGUUAUUCCUUCGUCUAUGAAGUCCCCAACCGAGGAUAUACCUGUGAAGAGUAAAAGCAAUGGGGUUGUUUAUUUUGAUGAGGAGGAUCCUGAAAAUAGUGCAAGUGAAAACUCGAGUGAUGUGGGUGGAAAUAGUAACCAGGAGUCUGAGCCACCAAGCAGGAAAAGAUCCCGUAAACAGUCUCUGAGUGAGGAAAAUUCUGGUGAGGAUGGAGGUGAGGAAAUUGUAUCAUAUCCAAAGGUUGAUACUAACAAGAAACGAAAUCGACCAAGCAAGGAAAAUUUGGAUAGUGUGAAUAUGGGAUUUAGAGGCACCAUGGUAACAUCCAAGGCAAAGAUGCAGGAGCCAUUUCAACCAGGAUCUACUCCUGUGCAGCCUGGGAAAAGGCGUUUCUUAUGCUACAAUAUGCUUGGAUGUAUAACCUCUAUUGAGCAUGAUGGAUACUCCCAUAUUGAGAUUGAUUUUCAUGAUACUGGAAGCACUCCACGAGUUCCUUCAAUGACUGAUCAUUUUGGAUUUACAAUGGCAGCAUUGAAUGAGAGUGGGAGCAUAUUUGCAAAUCCUUGUAAGGGGGAGAAUAAUAUGAGCACCCUUAUGUAUCGUCCAUUUAGUAGCUGGGCAAAUAAUAGCGAGUGGUCUAUGCGCUUUGAAGGAGAAGAAGUGAAGGUUGUUGCACUUGGUUCUGCUUGGGUUGCAGCGGUAACUAGUUUUAACUAUCUUCGCAUCUUUUCUGAAGGUGGUUUGCAGAGAGACGUGUUUUCACUAGAUGGGCCAGUGGUGACAGCAUCCGGUUUCAAGGAUAAGCUUGCAGUUGUCACUCAUGCUACUGAUGGCCUUCUCUCAAAUGAUCAGAAGCUAGAGUUUAUGGUAUUUAAUAUUCCUCGUGGGACCCUACUUCUUCAAGGUCGCUUGCCACUAUCCCCUGGUUCAUCCCUAAGUUGGUUUGGGUUUAGUGAAGAAGGCCAAUUGUGUUCAUACGAUUCGAAGGGUGUGCUAAGAUCAUAUACAAGCAAAUUUGGGGGCAGAUGGAUUCCACUCUUCAGUGCUACUAAAGAGAAGUCAGAUGAAAACUAUUGGGUGACUGGGUUGAAUGCAAGCAAGGUAUUUUGCGUGGUAUGCAAAAAGCCCGAAGACUUCCCUCAGGUGAUGCCUAAGCCAGUUCUCACCCCGUUGAAUCUUUCGUUUCCUCUUGCUUCCUCUGACUUGGGGGGAUCUGAAGCCCAUGAAAAGGAGUUUAUGAUGAACAACUUGCGUCUCUAUGAGAUUCAGAGAACAAUGGACGAAAUGGCUUCUGUUGGUCUGGAUACUACUUCACUUGAUGAUGAUGCUUUCAAUUUCGAAGCAGCACAAGAUAAAUGCAUACUGAGGCUCAUAGCAGCAUGCUGCAACAGUGAUAAGCUUGUGCGAGCUACUGAACUUGUGAAGCUUUUGACUCUGGAAAAAUCAAUGAGAGGUGCAGUAAAACUUGUUACUGCUAUGAAGCUUCCAAACUUGGCCGAAAGGUUCAGCAGCAUAUUAGAGGAAAGGCUACUUGAAGAAGCCAAAAAAGCUAUGGAAACCAACAUCAAAGAAAAUAGUGUUGCACCUGUUACAGCUGAUGCUCUUCCUAACAGAAGCAAGGCCCCAACUCACACUGAAGCAUUAAAUGCAGUUACCAUGUCAUCAUCUCCAAAAUUAUCUGUUCCGUCAUUCCUAAGGAAAGACAAAACACAAGAGAGAGCUAAAGCUGGCACAAGCAAAACUGCAAUGGUAAAUGAAAAUUUGAAGGUAAAGCAGACAGGGGAGGAAACAAGUGACAAGGUGGGGAAGGUUGUGCAACAAACUUCUCAUCCGUAUGAUCCCUCUACGAAGUCCUCAAAUAAGAAUGGACUUAACAAGUCAGAGACUAGUUUGGGACAAUCAAAUCGUCCUUCCAAUCCAUUUUUGAAGUCAGAAACUAGUUUGGAACAAUCAAAUCGUCCGUCCAAUCCAUUUUUGAAGGCUAUUAUCAAGUGAAGAAAUUCGUCUACUCUAAUGAUGUGGAAAACACGAUGGAGGUUUCGGGUAGUUUAGUUAAAAUCAAUUAUCGAAAUAGGGUGUUUUACUGAAAACAGGCUUGCUUCUAAUUUAUAAUGAUCAAUUUAUAAAGAAAAAAGAGCCUAGAGAAAAUGGAAAACCCUUUGUAAAUUAGCAUAAAAUCUUGUCGUAAUUCACUUAAAAAAAAAUCUUAUUGUAACUAGUUUUUGAAUUCAAUUGGCAUGCAUGCUCUCACCGAA